UCCUAUUCAUUCAGUCUUAUUGAAGUUUCCAUCAAAAAAUCAAAAAUGACGGAAAAAGGAACUUUAAUUGUGCGCCAAAACGACGACGAAUCGAUCCAGCAACAGAAUCCGUUAUCUUCGCUGUUCUCGAAGUUCACUCAGGUGUUGUCUAAUUUCAGGUUGCCGCAAUUUCCGCCGGCGAAGAAGGAUUCAGUGACGGUGGAAACGCAGAAGAAAGCGGUGGUUCGUGAUGGUGAAGUGGUGGCGGUUUCGAAGUCGGCGACGGUUACGUAUCCGGAUGGCCGUUCGAAAACUGUCGGUUCCUUGAAACUUGAAUCGGAAGAUAUGGAGAAGGACACUAAUCCUGCUGUUCUCUGGCAGGUUUAUGCAAUUGGAGGUAUUUUGAUCUUGAAGUGGGCUUGGGGACAAUGGAAUGAGCGCAGGGAUAGAAAGAAGCCAUCCAAUGAAGACCCGCCAUCUUCAGCACCUACCAAUGAGGAUAAUUAGUGCCUAGGAAAUGUGUUUAAGAUCCGAUCUUUUGACAUAUGGCAUAUAAUUCACAUACUUUCUCUUAAUCUGUGUAAACCUGAGAAUUACGAUGAAUAUACAGGUUCAAAAUUUCACUA